AUGGGUUUGCCAAAAGACCUUGGUCUCCAGGGGAAUGACUUCUCAUGGAUGGCUACGGCGUUCUUCAUCGGCUACGCAGUUGCCGAAUUUCCACAAGGAUAUCUGCUACAGAAAUUUCCACUAGCCAAAGUACUUGGCUUCAACGUCCUGUGCUGGGGGAUCACCAUUUGCUGUUCCGCGGCGGCACAAAAUUUCGCCGGCAUGGUUGCGCUUCGUACCCUCCUUGGCUGUUUCGAGGCUGUCAUCAGUCCAGCUUUGAUCCUCUCCACCUCACAGUGGUAUACGAAGCGCGAGUCUGGACCAAGAUACGGCAUCUGGUACUGUGGGCUUGGAGCCGGACAGAUCGUUGGCGGGCUUGUCUCCUUCGCUGCGCAGCAUGGCGCCAAAAGUGCGUCGUUUGGAGGGUGGAGAAUCAUGAUGGUCUCGAUCGGAGCCUUCAAUAUUGGCGUUGCUUGCGUCGUGCUGGCUAUCCUGCCCGACAGCGUUCACCAAGCUCGUUUUCUGACUGCAGAGGAAAAGGCCGCAAUCCACCGGAAGCUGAUCAUCGACCAAGGCGGCAACGGCAAAAAGAUCUUCAAACUCGCCUCCUUGGGAGAAAUGUUCCUGGAUUCGCAGAUUUGGCUGCUGCUACUCUUGACAGUCCUGAUUGUCAUCCCCAGUGGGGUUAUCACAACGUUCUCGGCCACUCUCAUUCGUGGCUUUGGAUACGAUUCCAAACAGUCUGCACUCCUGAAUAUGCCAUCAGGCAUAGUGAGCAUAGCAUCAACCUUGCUCUGCACUUUCGCCAUACUCCGGGGUUUUCCGCGCUGGCUCAGUAUCGUUCUCCUGCUGAUCCCCGUGAUCAUCGGCGCCGGGCUGAUGUCGUUCAUUGCGAAGGACAACCAGAGUGGCAAGCUGGCUGGGAUAUAUCUCAUCAACUUCAUCGUGGCUCCCCUUGCCAUUAUCUACAUUUGGGUAGGAGCUAAUACUGCUGGCUACACGAAGCGAGUCGCAUCCAAUGCACUCAUAGCGAUCGGCUUCAGCAUUGCCAAUAUUAUUGGUCCUCAGACCUUCCAAGCGCAAGAUGCACCGGACUAUCUGCCGGCGAAAAUCACCAUCUUCGCCGUUGCUGGUGGAGCGAUGGUGAUUUCGAUACUCCUCAGGCUCUUGUAUGGCUUCAGGAACAGACACAAUAUGAAGAACCGUGAGGCUCAACUGGCCGAAAUCGCGGCCUCCGGUGUGGAAGCGGUAAACGAUGAUCAGACGGACAGGAAGAACCCGGCUUUUGUUUUGAGUGGUGAACCUCUCAAAAUGCCACACGCAGAGCGUACACCGAUCGAGCCUCCCUCGCUGAUCGUCGUUACCGGGGCGAAUGGCUUCAUCGCCUCCCACACCAUCCACCUCCUCCUCAAGGCCGGAUACCGCGUCCUGGGCACCGUACGCACUGCACAAAAAGCCGAGCUCGUCCAGAAAACGCAUGCCCAACUUACACCGGACGCGGUGGCAGCGCACCUCCUUCGCACGGCAGUGGUCCGCGACAUCACCGACCCUGAGGCCUACACGGCGCUUUUUCAGACUGCAACGCCACCGCCCGCGGCAAUCAUGCACAUGGCCAGUCCCUUCGGAUACGACGUGACGGAUUUCGAGCGCGACCUCAUGCAGCCCGCGGUCAGGGGCACGUCGGCCGUGCUGAGCGCCGCCUUGGCGACAAGUUCCGUCCGCCGGGUCAUCCACACCAACAGCUUCGCAUGCAUUUACGACGCCAGUCUCGGUCUCAGACCGGGGUACACGUACACCGCCCGCGAUUGGUGUCCCUUGACGUACGAGGACGGCGUGGACGGGGCGAAGAAUGCGCCCAUGGCGUACCGCGCGAGCAGGGCUGUUGCCGAGAAGACGGCGUGGUCGUUCAUGUCCACGUCCAUGUCUAUGCCCAUGCAGGCAUCAGAACAACGGAAGGCAAAGGCCCCCUCGUUUGACAUGGUCAGUUUGUGUCCGGCGAUGGUGUUCGGCCCGUUCCUGGACACGCCAUCUUCCCUGCCGCGCUCGCCGGACGAACUGAACACGUCGAAUAAACUGGUCUGGGACGUUGUGAGUGCUGCGGGCAACGACAGAAACGGGGACGGAGACGGGGACGGGGCCGUGCUGCCGCCUACAAAGGGUCCCGUGUGGAUCGACGUGCGCGACGUGGCGCUGGCGCAUGUCAAGUGUCUGGUGCUGCCCUCGGACGAGAUGCGUGGACGCAGACGCAGGCUGAUGCUGGCCAAGGGCGUGUAUUGUAACCAGGAGAUCGCCGACGUCAGCAGGGAGGUCGUGACGAAGCAGAAAUUAAAGCAGGAGGGUAGAAUCAGAAUCAGAAUCCCCGUGGGCAAGCCCGGGACCAGGGAGGCACACACGCAUUUUGCCGUCGAUGCGAGUGAGGAGGAGGCCUUGCUGGGCGACGGCGGGAAGUGGAGGGGGUUGAAGGAGUGUAUGGCCGACUUGGUGCCGCAGUUGUAUCGCAUUGAGAAGCCAGUGGAGGCCCAAUGA